CCACCUUCCUCACCCUGCCUGCCGCCAUGUCCCGCUUCCAGCCCCGCUCCCGGCCCAUGCAGAUGCUGCGGUCUUCAGUCGGUCAGUCUACACUCAUGCUGCUCACGUCUGGUGCUGCCUCGGCUGCCGCCUGGGGCCUGGGCCACCUUUCGAUCCCGCUCGCUGCUGGCGCUGCUGCGGUCGGUGCCGGUCUCGCGUAUCUUGUCGGUCGUGGGCGCCGGGCGACGGCACUCGACUCGGCCGAUCUCCGCCACAAGACGGUAGUGGUUACCGGAGCAAACACCGGCAUCGGGCUGGAGACGUGCAAGGCGUUGAUCUCGGUCGGCGCGCACGUCAUCAUGGUCUGUCGGACUGCCCAGCGCGGCGUGCUGGCCAAAGAGACUGUUGUUGCCGCAGCUCGGCUCGGCGGCUCGGCUGAGCUUGUGGUCAUGGAUCUGGCCGAUCUGGCGUCGGUCCAGGCCGCCGUCGAGACGAUUUCCGACCUGGGCGUCUCUAUCUCCAUUCUCAUCAACAACGCCGGUAUCAUGAUGUGCCCGUGGGGCACCACCGUCCAGGGCCACGAGACCCAGUGGGGCGUCAACCACCUCGGCCACAUGUGGUUCACCCUUGGCCUUCUCGACAACAUCUCCCAGGCUGGCGGCCGCAUCGUCAACGUUGCGUCCAGCGCCCAUGGCUUUGACUCCACUCCGCUACCGAUCACCAGCGCCGCUGACUAUGACCGCGUCCGUGCCUACGGCCGUUCCAAGAUCGCCAACAUCCUCUUCACCCGCCUGCUCAACGCCAAGCUGGUCUCCGCCAACUCUGCCGCCCGCGCCUACUCGCUCCACCCGGGCGCCGUCAACUCAGAGCUCCUCCGCCACAACACUGUUCUCGCUGCUGUCACUGCCCCGCUCCGCGCCAUCGUCUUCCAGAACACUUGGCAGGGAGCCCAGACCUCGCUAUACUGCGCCCUCGACGACGAUGCCGAGCCUGGCGAGUACCACGCCGAGUGCCGCCCGGCUCCGACCACCGCCGCAGCCCUCGACAUGGACGCAGCCGCCGCACUCUGGGCCUACUCGCUCACCGCCGCCGAGUCCUCGCGCUUUCCCAUGCCCGACCCGGACGCCAUCGAGCUUUAACAGCCGAUCACCCCAUCAAACGCUCGCAUGUUA